GGCGGUGUUGGGAGGGGCACCGAGGCAGGUGAAGCGGGAUGCAGAGAGGGAGGAAGAAGACUGGCCGCGGCCGCACCUCGCGAGCACGAGGACGGAGCUGCCGCCAAGGUGGGACGGGCCGACAGGGACCGUCAUGCUCAUCGACAAGCCCAAAGGGUGGACCUCAUUUACUGUUUGUGGAAAACUACGGCGGUUGGUGAAAGUGCAAAAGGUUGUCCAUGAUGGUACUCUGGAUCCUAUGGCCACUGGAUUGUUGAUUGUUUGUGUGGGCAAAGCAACCAAAGUUGUUGAUAGAUAUCAAGGCAUGGUUAAAGGCUAUAGUGGUGUUUUCCGGCUUGGGGAAGCAACAUCAACCUGGGAUGCAGAUUCACCAGUACUAUGCUUGUCAUGGAUUGCUGCCUCACAUCAUGUUCUUCCAUUUGCUUGA